AACCAGCAUGCCUCACGCUCGAAAGUCGCCGCUGUCGGAACGGAACCGGAAAUGGACGUAUGCUAGCAACUGUCGUUGAGACAAUGUCGGGCCUAUCUGAUGAGACAGCAGGAGACCUCCCUGUGAAGGAUGUCGGCAUGAACCUGGCUGGAAUUGGUGGUUUGCAAGAAUCAUCUGGUGCACAGAAUACUAGAGCUCGUCAAGCCGUGUCUCGUAUUUGCCGUGAAGAGCUGGAAGAUCGCUUUCUUCGGCUACAUGAUGAAAACCUUUUACUCAAACAACAUGCACGAAAACAAGAAGAUAAAAUUAAAAGGAUGGCUACUAAGCUAAUUAGGCUUGUUAAUGAUAAGAAGAGGUCUGAGAUGGAGAGUGGCGGCACCAAGCGGAUAGGCAGGGACAUUGAAAUGGAAGAAAUGAUUGAGGAACUGCAGGAAAGAGUUUGUGAAUUGGAGAAGCAGAAUGAUGGGCUGAAGAAUCGACUGGUAGCGACUAAACAGCAGAUACAACUGCAAGGCCGUAGAAACACACCAUACAGUUAUGUACAAUCACGCGUAAAUACUGGCCUCAGAAAAGUUCAUGAAGUUGCCUUUACACAAGGAAAUCUUAAAAAAGGAAUUAGAGCUCAAGAUCCAGAGUUGACAACAAGAUCUACCCACCCUAUGUUUCCUCGAUACGGACAUAGCUUGCUUGAAGAUGCCAGGGCUGAAGUGCGAAAUCUGGAGAAUUGCAUUGAAUCCCAGAAGGUGCAGAUGGAAGAGAUGGAACAGUCUAUUGAGAUAUUGAGAGAACAGAUUAGGAAGAAGGAUAAAGAAUAUGAGGAGUCCCUUCUGCAUCUCAGAGAGGAUCAGGCAUCGGGACAGAGGACAGCAAUCAAAGACAAUGUGGAGAUGAUAAAGCUACAGAAACAGCUUGUGGAGAAAGGAGCUGCACUUACUGUCUUGGAGGGAAAAUAUUUGCAAAUACAGGAGAACCAGAAAACCAUGAAAGCCAGUCACAAUGCUUUAAUGAGUAAAGUUGAUGAACUGAAUGCACAGCUGAAAGAAGAACGUUCUAAGUGCCUUUUUCUUGAAAAUCAGCUCCACUCAACUUCAUUUUCUCAACAAACAACUGUAGAGUUACAAGAGAGAGUCAGCGACUUACUAAAGGAAAGAGAUCUUUUGAGGGAAAAUUAUGACAAAUUAUACAACAGUGCUUUUGACAUGACCCAUGAACAAGAGUGGAAGUUGAAGGAACAGCAGCUGAAACUACAGAUUGCACAGCUCGAGACCGCACUAAAAUCUGACCUGGCUGACAAAAAUGACAUCUUGGACAAAAUAAAACUGGAAAGAGAAAAAAAUGAACGACUCUCCCAGGAGAACAAAGAGCUUCAGCUGCACUAUCUUGAACACAAGCAACAGCUGGAUGAACUGAAAGAGCGCAUGAAGUUCUUCACCAAAGAGAGUGAUAUUGAUGUGACUGAACUGAGCGAAGCACUGAUGCUCAUAAAGGUUCGUAAACACGAGAAAAAUGGACAUAUUGAAUUCCUGGAGAAAGUGGAGGAUGACAUUAAGAAAGAUUUGGAAUACUCUGUGCGAGAGCUUCAGGCAACACAUGCAGAGACUGUUCAAGAACUUGAAAAGACAAGAAAUAUGUUACUAAUGCAGUACAAAAUCAAUAAAGAUUAUCAGACUGAAGUUGAUACUGUGACACGGAAGAUGGAAGAUAAUAACCGAGAAUAUGAGAUUAAACUGGAACAAUAUGCACAGCUGCUUGACAUUAGGGCCGAUCGAAUCAGAAAACUUGAAGCCCAACUCAAAGACAUAGCCUAUGGCACCAAACAAUUCAAAUUCAAAACAGAAAUAACAACCGAUGAUGAAGUUGAUGAAAUUGAUGAAACUGUCCAUUUAGAGCGUGGAGAAAAUUUAUUUGAGAUCCAUAUCAGCAAAGUGAUCUUCUCUUCUGAAGCUAUUAAGGCUUUUGGAGAGCAAGAACCUGCUAUUUUCUGUACCUAUGCUUUCUAUGACUAUGAACUCCAGUCCACCCCUGUAAUACAUGGACUACAGCCAGUAUUUGACUUCACAUCUCAGUACGUUGUCCGAGUGGACGAUGUCUUCCUACAGUAUUUACAGAAAAACACAGUAAAACUAGAGGUACAACUUGCAUAUGGCACAGACUAUGAAACAAUUGCAACAUGCCAGUUGAGAAUGCAUGAAAUCCUCGAAAAGAAUGGCAGAAUUUUUGGCACCGCAUUUUUGGUUGGUGGCAGACAAGAUUCUGAAAAUUAUGGAACAAUCGAGUAUUGGUUUCGUCUACGUGUGCCAAUGGCUCAGGCUAUUCGGCUUUACAAAGAACGAACAAAAGCACUAGGAUAUAUAGCUUCCCAUCAUCAUUCAGAUGAUCAAAUGCAACAGGCACACACUACAGCUCUGACAGAUGGUAAUCUGAAUGAACUUCAUAUUAUUAUAAAAUCCUGUGACAAUCUGCAAGCCAGAAGGAAGAAUCACCAGCCAAAUCCUUAUGCUGUCUACAAGUUCUUUGAUUUUGCAGAUCAUGAUACAGCCAUUAUUCCAAACAGCAACAACCCACAGUUUGAUGAUCACAUGAAAUUUCCAGUACCAAUUAAUACAGAACUUGAUCGAUAUUUAAAGUCAGAAUCAUUAACUGUUUAUGUGUUUGAUGAUGCAGAACCUGAUGAUACUUUUUACCUAGGAAAAGCGAAAGUUCCCCUUAUUUCAUUAGCUCACAACAAGUAUAUCAUAGGAACAUUUGAACUCAUGAAUUUUGAAGGACUAGUCAAUGGCACAAUAAAUGUUGAAAUAAAAUGGAUGGCUUCAUACUUGCCAUCAAAUGAAUCCAUAAUGAGAGUUGAUCAACGUGAGGUAAUCCCAAAGGAAGAACGAGAAAAGUUGCCAGUAAAAGAGGAAUUCAACAAAUUUUCACCUACAGUAUCUGAGGAUCCAGUUUUGAAACCGAAAAAGCAAAUAUCUAAUCGUGAAGAAAGAAGAGUAUCGUGGGCAGAUAUGGAUCCUUCUGAGAGUGUCCUAACUAAAGGAACAAAACAUUCUGACGUCCAUACUGCUGAUGUUACAAGCAAAACAAAUGAGGUAAAAAUUGCUACAACAGAGCCGGAACCAAUUAAUCAGACACAGAUUGUCACAGACGCAGAGUUGGAAAAUGCACAGGGAUUGGAGAAUGAUGAGGAGAGCUCAGAUUUCUCUGCAGAGCUGACUUCCACUAUUUCUGGAAUAACUGAAAAACUAGAUGAUACAGAGCCUGGCCAAGUUGAUGAUGAUGUUGAGGAAUCAAUAACAGACAGUGAUGAUUGUAUUGUCCCAGGCCGGCUGUCAACACACAUAAAGCAGCCUUGCAGGUCUGUACUAGAUGAAAGCUGAAAGGAAUAUUUUACCUCAGAAGUGCUACAUUUCAAACCUGAAUUGGAGAAGUAUCAUUGAAAAGGUUUUUUCAAAAGAUAACUUCUAAUACUUUCUGUAUAUAUUAAUGGUUUGUUGAGAGCUAUCAGUUAUGGAGGAUAUCUCUACCUCAGCUUGUUGUCUUUAUUGCAAACAUCUGAUUGAUUCAUUUAUCAAGGCUAAGUGCAGAAGGUCAUUUGCAUGAAUCUUUUUCGAUGUUCUCUUCUCUUGCAUGUUCUGCAUUUCUAGCAUUAAGUAAUAUAACCGCUACAUUAGUCAAUAACCAUUCCUGAUUGGCUUUCAAUCCCCAUCCAGUCCUUAAAUAAACUAAGUCUGACAUCUCAUUAUGUGACCAGCUACACUAAGCAAUUGCCCAUGGGUGAUUGGCUGUCAGUCUACUUCGUUGUCUCCAGAGGGGUGUAAAAAUGUCACCACCAAUUUCAAAUAGUGGCACAGAUGCCUUUUUAACUAGAAGAAUCCAUAGAAUAUUUAAUUACAUGUUCAGUGCACUAAAGAAUCAAAAUUUAUGACAUUUUAAAGUGACGAAAGACUAACUUCUUAGCAAAGUACCCACAUUGCAUAUUAUGUUGAAUAGGAAUCUGAAAUAUGCUUGCAAUUCCAAAGUCUUAAUCCAUCUGUAAUAUGAUAGAAAAUUACAUAUGUGUAAUUUUUAUUUUAGGAAUGGUAAGUAACACUUAUUUAUCUUGACUUUAAGUUCACUCAGCAAUUUUAAUGUGUAUAGAACUGAGACAAACGCUAAAGAUGUAAUAUCGUAAGAAAAACUAACUACCUUUAACAGACUCAUUUGUGAACUUGAGGGUGGAAGACUGCAAGUCGAAAUACUGCCAGAUAGUAAGUGUAAUUAUAGGAUUAAAAACCAUGUUCUCCUGUUGACUGUAAGAUAAUGAAAAAUAUAAAUUUCCAGAAUGCUUAAGGUGGCGAACCCAGCAGAUGUAAUUAAACAAUAACUCAGCAGAUCUGCAAUUAAUUAGUAAUUCACAGUACGUACUGAAUUGUGUUUCAAAUGCAUGUAUGUUUUCAUGUCAAGUGCUGUAAUUAAAGUGGCUUACCAAUUGCAAUAUUAUACCAAUAGUAUACCACACUUCAAAGCAAUUUUUUUGGAUAUUUUAAUCGAAAAAUAAAUCCAACAGGUCUUCUAGACCAUGCUUUACUGUAGGUCCUGUCUCUUUUUUGCUGCCUGUGAUGUAUAAUUAAACACAGAUUACUUCAUUUCAUUUACAACAUUUAUGAGCUGCACUUUGUCAGAAUGAAAUGCUUGUCCCCUCCUUUCCUCACCAAAGUGGCGUAAUUAGUGUUAGCAUCUUCCUUAACAGUCUACAUAAAGUUUAGUGCUUGUAUUAAAUCAAGUCAUUAACAUAAUGUGCUGUACAAUUUGCCCCUAUCUCUUUUCGUUUCCACUACAUCAAAGCUCUUUGGAGCAGCAGUGUAAUUGGGCCGUGCCAGCUUGUCAAGUUCAGUCAAGCUGAUGGCUGCUUCUCCUCUGAAAAGCUUCCAGGCAUAAUAAUUAGUGGAGAAGAAAGUCAAGAAAAUGUAAAAAUUUGUUCUGUUAUCUAUGAAUAUUUAAUGUAUUUGAAUAAUUAGGAGUUAAGAUUAUCAAUUCGAUGUAUAAUACAUUGAUUAAAAGCUGUGCGCAGAGCCCAGAAUUAGAUAUAAAAACAGACAUUUGAAUUCUGUUGGCAAUACUUAAAAGCCUCUACACUUAUGCCUGAUCACCACAUUUUCAAAUUGAAGUAAUGAACAAUGUAUUAAUGAUUUUGUAAUGAUAUGGUGAGAAAAUAUAUUUAUAGGGAACACUGUUUGAUUUCAAUAAUCAUAAAAUAUGAACUUCUUUGAAAAAGCUAA